AUGCCAAGGACUCUCCCUUGGCUUACUGGUGCCGGAACGACGAAACGAGGGCCGAAUUCGCCAGCUCCAGCGAUAAAGCGUACUUCGAGCCCGCGGGUGAAAAACGAACAUGAGACGCCGACGAGAAAGGAGACGUUUACGUCAAAGAGGGAUUUCAUGAAAUCUUCUCCAAGUCCUCCGUCCUCACCGAUUCAUCGCUGCCCAUCAGAAGAAUUCCUCCGCGAAGGUCUAGAUCAAGACGAUAUCUACAUGAUGGUCGAAGACGAGUUCUACUCCGUUGCGCAAUCCUUCACGCAGCAUCUCCACUACGCGGAAUAUAUACGUCGGAAGAAAGAGGUUAAGGCACUAAAUGCGGAUACGAUCGCAGAUAUCGCGAGACCGACCGACGGAGCGACCCCGAUGAGCAAUGAGAUCAAGAAGAAAUACGCCGCAGAGGAGCUCAAGACGAAGCAGAAGGAUGCGAUUGAUGGAGAAUUAGGAAAACAGGCAGGGGAUGGACACGACGAGGACGCGGGCGAUGACUUUGAGGCGGAGAACUCGUGGGCCGGGACGCAUCUGCAGGAUCUUAUGUUGAGUCCGAGGAGAGUGAGGUCGUUGGUAGGGUUGCAGAAGGUUAAAUCUUACACGAGAGCGGCAGCCGGAUUUUCACAGUCGUCUGGGUUGGGGGAUGAUGAUGGUUUUACCUGCAGCGGCCCUGGGAAGGCGGACAACAAAGACCCCAUUGCACUGGAAGAGACCACUGAUGAUGACGAUCUUGAUGUUGGGAUGGGCCAGCCUACUCCGAUGGCUGUCAGGAAUCAGGAAACGUCGAGUCCGGGAUUAUUGCGGAGCACACCUACGAUGCGUCCUUCGAGUGAGGAACGGCACUCCGAAGAUAUUAAAGAGCUACGGGCUCCACGGUCAGAAGGGAAAGUAUCGAACACUAUCCAAGCUAAAAGGAGAUUGAUAUUCGAUGACUUUGACGAGCUUCCGGAGCUGCCCAAGCAUAGUAUACAACCUGAAAAACGACGACCCAGCUCCACAAAUUUUAAACAGAAGAAACUCGACGACAAGAACACUGGGUCGAAGAAAUCUCGACUAAAUGAAGUACCAACAUUCUUGAUCUGA